AUGUCUGGCGGCGGGCCUGGUCGCGGGACAGAGAUUACCUCGAUACAGUGCGAGAACAGUGCAGACGGGGUGGGGUAUCAGGGGGUGUUUGUAGAGGGUGGCCUGGUAUCCUUCACCACUACGUACCACAAGGGGUAUAGCUUCAGCAAGCAUGUCAAGACGAUCCACCGCUAUGUUCCCUGGGAGGUGGGUGAGCUGGUGGUGUACUUCCUUGGGCUCGGUCGACCGUUCAUAGAUGAUCUCCAGAUGCUGCACAAUGGCGUUGCCCGCCCUACCGCUUUCAUCUGGGAGCCAGAGCCGGAGGAGCAGUGGGGCGACGAGAGCGAUAGCGAAGAGAGCAACGACGGAGACAAGUACGGCGAAGCCGACCGUGAGAAGGCACGAUCCGCUAACCCAGACGGAGAUGGACAAGCACGCGACUGGUUGGAAGUGCUCUACUGGAACAAAGCGCCGGCAAAGAGCAACGCGCAAGCGUUGCAGUCCGGCCACAGCCUUAAAACAGAGGAGGGCAACUACGGCCGCUCCAUGAUGGAGUCUCCCUUUCAGACCAUGGCCGAGCGGGAGGAGUUCCGGCGGGUGAGCAUGGACUGGCAUCGCGUGCUGGAGUUUGCAUCCGCCUGGGAGGACGGCCGCAUGCACCCCGGUGUUCGCGCGGAGAUGGUAGCGCAGCAAGAGAAGCAGGCGCUCCAGCGCUGGUCGUCGCUCGCGAUGGUGGACCUCAAGGCAGAGUUCAGGCGACUCGCUGGACGGCCGGACGCCGAGUAUCGUGGCAAGCAAGAAGAAAGCCUCGAGGCUGUGAUGCAGCGACGGCUGCGCGUGCUAGUUGUUAUGGCUACCGGCACUGGCAAGAGUAUGCUGUUCAUGCUGCCCGCGUCCGUCUCGCCAGGCGGCGUCUCCGUGGUCGUGGCUCCGUUGAAUGCCUUGCGAGACGAUCUGCAAGAUCGCUGCGACCAGCUCGGCAUCCCCUGCGCGAAGUGGGAUGGAAGAAGACCGCCGUACUGGGCUCGUAUUGUGCUGGUGACGCCUGAGAGCGCAGUCACGAAGGCGUUCGGCAGGUUCAUUGACGAAAAGCGCAUGCUCCAUCAGCUAGAUCGUAUCGUGAUAGACGAGUGCCACGUGCUGCUGGAGUCGACACAGGACUGGCGGCCAGACCUCCUCAAGAUGGUGGAGAUGACGGAGAAGGGCACACAGGUUGUCUACCUGACUGCAACCUUGCCGCCCACGCUGCAGCCCGCCUUCUUGCACACCGCAGGGCUCGAUGCCCAGACCGUAACCAUAUGCCGCGAUGAACGCACCACGCGAACGAACAUUGCGUACCAGGUGCUAGAGUACACACGUGGCACGCUAGAAAAAGUACUUAUUAAGCUCGUGGCUGCGAAGAGGAGUAGGUACGGACCCAAGGCGCAGAUCAUCGUCUAUUGUCCAACUGUGGACGAGACGAAACAGCUUGCGAAGCUUCUGCAGUGCUCUGCAUACUACCGUCAGAUGGGCUCAGACGAGGAAAAGGCACGCAUGGUGCGAAGCUUCACCCUAGGCAUAGAGAAGCUUUGUACAGCCACGAACAUGCUAGGUCUUAGGCUCGACGCUGCAGGCGUCCAGGUGGUGAUCCACGUUGCCAUGUGUCCCCUGCUGCUCCAAUAUGUGCAAGAGAGCGGCCGGGCGGGACGAACAGGGCUCAACAGCAAGUCUAUUAUUAUGAGAGCGUGCUAUAUAACGAAAGAGGGGAGGGUAGAGAAGGCGCUCGGCUACAAGCUGGAGCGACCUGCAAAGGAGUUCAUGACAGUCGAAUCCUGUCGGCGAAUCGCGAUAGACAAGCACAUGGACGGCAGACAGAACAGGCAGCAAUGCGAGAUAGGAGAGUCGAAGUGUGAUCUAUGCGAGCGACACCCCGGUAGUACCAAGCGACAAGCCGUCAAAGAAGAGCAGGAAGAGCCAGAGGAGACGCAGGCCGACACCGCGGCGGUGGCAGCAGAGGAGCAGCGCAGAUGUAUAGAGCGAGCUAUGGUCGUUAAAGAGCAGAGGGUUAAGAUCCAGCAACAGCGAAGGACGGAACAAAAAGUAUAUGACCUGGAGCGGCUAGAGCAGCACUUCCAGCGCUGGAGCAAUGCGUGCGCCAUCUGCAUGGCCACUCAGGCUGACCCGGCGCGCCACGACUGGAAGGACUGUUCAAAGGCCAGCAGAGCGCAGAUGACAUUAAUGGAGUCUAAGGUGAAAUCUAUGCACUAA